AUGGGUUCUUUUUAAUGUUGUAAAAUAGCGCAACCCUGUUUGGUAUUGUCAGUUAACUCAAUUGAUCCACACUGGCCUCAGUAAAUAUGAAUAAUACAAACUGUUUGAUGUGCAAAUCCCCUUUUUUAAAAGAGGAAAUUAACAGUAGCAGUGAUUAUAAGGGCAGUUGCAUGUACAGCUUGAACGAUUGUGGCUUAUCUCCAGAGCAGUUUGAGGGUCAGGAUGGAUUUCUUUGUCAAUCAUGUAGAUCAAAGCAGAUACAAGAUAAGAGACUCGCAAAAAUGAGACCAGCCUGUAGCCAUUUGGAACAUCCAGUAUGUUUGAAGUGCAAAUCCCGUUUUAAAAAGCAAAAGAAAGGAUAUAAAAGACGCAGCUUGAAGUGUUUGAAGAUAUCCCCAGAGCAGUUUGGAGGGCAGGAUGGGUAUCUUUGUUUCACAUGUGUACAAGUACAUGUAAAUAAAAUGAGGCCGCCAAGAACAACAGGCCCUCCAAAAGAACACGUACAUGUACCGGUACAGUGGUCUUCCAAGAGAUCACUCUCUCAAGUUAAGGAAAGGCCAGCAAAGAAAAAAAAGCGAGAACAGACAACAGACCUUAAAAGGUUAAAAAUCGUGGUUUUAAGAUCUAUCCGCAAAAGCCAUUAUGAUCCCAUUUUUAGAGCGCUCCUGAAAAUCAAAUCGGCUAAAAAAGCUUGUCAUCGGGUUUUGAAUACAGAGGUCCGAAAGGAAAUCAAAGCCUACCCCCGAACCCACUUGGCACAGACUGUGACUGCUAAGCAUGUUGCCGAUUUCAGUUGGGACGAAGUUGUUGAUGAAGCUUCUUCCCACAUGCCGAUUCUUGUUAAUGUCCUGAAAGCUGCCCUCCCAGAUCCAUCCAACCAUACAACCACAGGGACAUUCUGCGGUCAUCUGUGCAGAUCAAUGCAACAGGCGUAUUGUUUUCGUAACCAGCGCCUUGGGUUCAUAUUGUCGUUGAUUUUGUAUUCACUUAAGCCACGGGCGUACAGUUUCAUUCAAGGAUGUGUUUCUCUGCAACUUUGGAAGCUGGGAUGCAGCCAAAAGCUUAACGAAUGUUUGCAUGUUCUUGGUGUCUGCAAAGGACUUCAUGGGACUGCAACCGCAGCAAUUCACAUACAGAAAGACCCCACCGAAACACAAAAGCAAUGGCAGCGUGCACUGAGCAAGCAACUCAAGUCAAGUGCCGCAGAUGAUGAGCAUAGUGAGACCCGUGAGCCAUCCCCUUGUAGUCAAGUACAGACGGGUGUUCUGAAAUCGCCUGUUGUAGAUGACAUGGAUGCUGAUGUUUUUUCUGAUAUGACUGUAUCUGUUGACAGCAUCUCUGAUAGUGAUGCUGGGUCAUCUUCUGAGGGGCAGGAGAUUCCUGUAGCUGUGGAUGAUAGGAAAACCCACAAGCCGGCCCCUUGUAAUGAAGUGCAGGCAGGUGUUUUGAAUUCACCUGAAACAGAUGAUGUGGCUGAUGAUGCUGCUUCUGAGAUGAGUGUAUCGGCUGACGACAACUCUGAUAAUGACGCCGUGUCCUCGCCUGUUGCAGAAUCUGCUUCAAUUGUGGCAAACGUGGCUGAUUUGCCAAGUUCAUCGGGCCGUAAACAUGAUUCAAGCAUUGAGGCCACAUCACAUCACAGAAAAGAUCAGGCAUCUAAAGUAAAGCACAUGCCUCAAUUACAGUUACCACAUAGACCUGAUCCUGGGUAUACCAUAGUGUGUGACAAUGUUUUGAUGCAGUCAGCUAAACGUUCCAACGAGUUAAAGUUGCAGGCCGCAAUCUUUGCUGUAAGGAAUAGAGUUGGAUUUGACCAACAAAUGGCUUACACUAUGAAACAUGCUGAAGACAUCCCCCUCUCAUGUUUUCUUCCGACUUUUUCCGACUGGAGAAAUUUGAAGCAGAGGAUGUGCCAAAUUUUGCAGCACAUUUUGAAAGAUCAUUUGCCGUUUUUGAAGGGAGUGACAUGUUCUGCCCCUAAGCGGCACCUGCACAGUGAUGCUUUGAGUAAGAAAAGUGAAAUUGUCAGCUUAGGCGUGAUAGAUGAAAACCCCUUCAGCACACAAGGCUCAGUCUGUAUGCUUGAGUCACUUCAUCGGUUUGUGCCGUCAUAUGGAGAGGACUUGUACCCAACUGCAUGUUUUGGAGAUGGGCUGUCUGUAGCGCAAAUGACCGAUGCCAAACAAACGAGAGUUAGUGGAGCUUCUGCAGCGGAUAGGUUGGAGGGACUAGUGCAGUGCCCACAAGACUUUCAUCGAAGAGGUGUUUUGCUCCAAGACACAAUGGAUAGAUUCUUCAAAGAGGAAAGUGCAACAGACAGGGGAACACUCUUUCAGUUGAAACAGGAGUUUGGUCAUCAGUCAGUCAAAAGGAACGUCAUGGAAAACUUCAAUCAUGUGGAAGAUCUUAUUCAGUUCUGCACACGUGCAUUCAGCAUAAUGCUAGCACUCAAGCUUAUCCAAGAAGAAGAUAUCCCUGAACCUUUUCCAUCCUCAGGAGCUGCCUCUCAUCAGAAGGUAUGGCUCACGAAAUUCAUCUGGAAAAUCGUAGAUUUUGUUUGGCCUGAUAUCCCAAGUGAAGACAUGAACAAAGCAUGUGAGCAACAAGGAGCAGGCGCCACACUUGGUUUUAAUGGCCAUAAUGGUGAUGUGGAAAAUGCCAUCAAUGAUGAUGCCUGUAAGUGUGGUGAAUCAACAGGAGAAGGAAUGAUCAGAUGUUCCAACAGGGAAUGUGGUUGGUUUCACUACUCUUGUGCAAAUGUUGAUGGUCCCGUGGAAGGUGAUUGGUGGUGUUCAGCAGAGUGCCAGGCUUCCAAGUCCUCCGUAUAUUGUAAAUGCCAUAAAAAGACAGAAAAGGAAGAGGUUAUGAUCCAGUGUGAGUUGCAAAGACAUUGUUCUUUCAACGAAUGGUAUCAUCUUGAGUGCGUAGGACUAGGAGGGGCUGAAGAUUUCCCAGAUGAGUGGUAUUGUUCUCCUGAAUGUGAACAACGAGGUUUAGACAAAUCAGCAAGUGACGGGGUCCAGGAAUAUUCCAGAGCCUUGUUAUUUGAAGGUCUUUGCCAUCUAGCCUUCCGUGAUGCAGUAUGGGAGGGUGAUGGACCAGCCAUCCUCAGCCACUGGAGGAUCAACACCCUACAGUUUUGGAAUAACAGUCAUCUCAAAUACUUUAACUUGGCACACAACAUGCUGGCAGGAGUCAAUGGAUUUUAUCCUGCCCGAGUUGCACAUGACAUGACCUGGAACAGAGUGGCUAAUUUAACAGGUCAGGCAGAUCACAACAUUGGUCUGGAUCUGGUGAAAGAAAUUCCAACUGAAGACUACCAGGAAAUGUUGUCUCAAGUGCAAGGUGUGAAUCCAAAGCACCAGGGGGAACAUUCCAGCAAACUGAGUGAGACGUUGUGUCGUGAUCUAGAUGACAUCUUUUUGCAGUCUCGUUUUGGAAUCCAGAAGCAGCGAUCUGAGCAGGCACGACAGAAAUUUGAUCAGGACGUCCAGUGUUUUGCAGCUUCCUAUACGGAUGAUGGCCUCUUUGAUUUUGUUCCAGGCAGACAUCACAAGUGCUUUCCAUUUUUCAAGCACUCAUUAGAUGUGAAAUCCCCACACAUAAUGGGUAAAAAGCUCCUGCAACUCAGUAAACUCAUGGACAUGGGCAGGGAAUCUGUACAGUCAUGGUCUGCUGCACAUACAUGAUGAUGUAAUCAAGACAGUUUGGCUAAAGUCUCAAACUACUUUUCAAGUUUGUGACUAAUAAGCAAGUUGGUUUUUGUUUGGUUUGUCUUUAAGUUUAUGUAAUGUAGUAUUGAAAAACAGUUAAGAAAAC